UAAGGAUUUCUGCCAUAUUCUGGCAUUUUUAUGAAGAAAAGCUUUACCGUAAAACAGUGACAGAAGCAUUGCUGGACUCAAGCUCUCCGAUUUGGAUUCUAAGUUUUUGGAGCCUGUUGUGACUCCUCCCUCUCACCCUCCUGCUCUUGGAGGAUUGGACUCCCAGGAUCACCUAGGCUCGCUGUAAUUAGGCAUGUCUAGGGAGAACAGGAUACACAUGAAGGAAUAGUAAUGCAAUCCUUGGAAGAUUUGCAUCUCAGUAAAAGCAGCUGGCCCUUAGAUCAUGGAUGGCUCAUUUGCCACACUGGGGAAAAAUUAAAAAGGAGAUGUCCUUCGUGGCUAGAUACUGGUGUCUGCUUAUACAUUUUGGUAUUUCUCCUGCCCCCACUAUCAGCACCACAACUGCCGAAUCCUUGAUGAGUAAAGAUGCUUUGGUUAUUCUAUUUCUCUGCUAUUAUUGCCUCAGUUAUUUUAGAUUUUGUAGGAAUCAUUAUGAGUCUGUUUAUUACAGUGGUCAAUUACAAAACUUGGGUCAAAAGUCAUAGAAUCUCCUCUUCUGAAAGGAUCCUGUUCAGCUUGGGCAUCACCAGGUUUUUUAUGCUGGGACUAUUUCUGGUGAACACCAUCUAUUUCGUCUCUUCAAAUAAGGAAAGGUCAGUCUACCUGUCUGCUUUUUUCGUGUUGUGUUUCAUGUUUUUGGACUCAAGCAGUCUCUGGUUUGUGACCUUGCUCAACAGCUUGUACUGUGUGAAGAUUACCAACUUCCAACACUCAGUGUUUCUCCUGCUGAAGCGGAAUAUCUCCCCAAAGAUUCCCAGACUGCUGCCGGCCUGUGUGCUGAUUUCUGCUUUCACCACUUGCCUGUAUAUCACGCUUAGCCAGGCAUCACCUUUUCCUGAACUUGUGACUAAGAGAAAUAACACAUCAUUUAAUAUCAGUGAGGGCAUCUUGUCUUUAGUGGUUUCUUUUGUCUUGAGCUCAUCUCUCCAGUUCAUCAUUAAUGUGACUUCUGCUUCCUUGCUAAUAUACUCCUUGAGGAGACAUAUACGGAAGAUGCAGAAAAAUGCCACUGGUUUCUGGAGUCCCCAGACGGAAGCUCAUGUAGGUGCUAUGAAGCUGAUGAUCUAUUUCCUCAUCCUCUACAUUCCAUAUUCAGUUGCUACACUGGUCCAAUAUCUCCCCUUUUAUGCAGGGAUGGAUAUGGGGACCAAAUCCAUUUGUCUGAUUUUUGCCACCCUUUACUCUCCAGGACAUUCUGUUCUCAUUAUUAUCACACAUCCUAAACUGAAAACAACAGCAAAGAAGAUUCUUUGUUUCAAAAAAUAGUGGAAUUUCAGUAAACAAUACCUAGAUUCACCUGAUGGUUUGGGGGCAAGGUGUUCUGUUGGCAGUUUUCCCAAUGGUCUGAGGAAUUCAGUUUUGUGAUUGCUGAUCUGACUCUUAGGCUUUUGAGUGCCUGAAUUUCAGCUCAUUCUGUAAUUGUUUUUGGUAUGUAAGUAUUUUAAAAUAAGGCACAUUCUCUAAGAAACUUUUUUGAGGCAUUAUUUAUCAUGUAUUUUGCAUGGCCAUUGAAUCCAUGGACAAUGGAAAUCAUCACAUUGUUUCAUUGUCUAUUAAAGUAUAAUGGGAAAUUCUUCCACAUUAGAGAAUACAUUGGGGUGCAUAUGAUGAGUUAAAUGUUUGUGGUUUAGCUGCGGAGCCCUGAGUAAGGGCUCAGCAGUGGAUAGGUAGUCACUGGGAGCCACUAGACUGACUGAAAGCAGAGGA